CAAAGGCAUCUAGAAGUUCGCUCGGACAGGAUAAUGACUGGUUCAGCAAUCGAAUGAUUGUUAUCAUCUGCAGUGGCGAACAUGACAAAAAGAUGGUGCCAUUUCAGUCCUGGAAACAAUCAUAGGGUCAAACUUUUCCCUUCGUCCAAGUUCUGCCUCUUUUUUCAUUUUAAACAACUCAAUUGUAGAGGAUGACGAGAGAGCCAUCAGAUGAUACUGAAGGAUUGCUUCAGAAAGACGAGUUGUUCGAUUCUGACCAGUUGUCGCGACCCACUUGGCAACAAAAAUCGAAGAGCUGGCGCGCACAUUUGAGAGUAAAUCAGAUAUACUUCGCAGUAAUUGUACUGCUCAUCGUCUCUAACAUCACCACGCUCUCAUUCCUCUCCUCGUUAUAUGCAACUCGGCAGACGUAUACACCAUCCGUCAACCAACCCCCAGGAGGCGUUCCUCCGACCUUCAAGCACCUGGUACGGACACCAACGCCAACAUUCGUCAAUGUGAGCUGGUAUCCACCUGAAGAUAGCUUUUUCCGGGAACAUAAUUCAACAGAUGCCGAUGAAAAAUGGAAGUGGUAUGAUGCAUCAUAUGGCGGCUAUAUCAUGAUUCCAAAGGAAGAAGCCGUGACCGCAGACAUCGAUCCAGCUCGGCACGCAUAUGUUGAUAGACCCGAUCUCGGAGUAGAGGGGUAUCCUGUGCUUCCGGAGGCCAUUCAUGAAAUGCAUUGUGUCAAUAUGGUUCGCAGAAACCUGUACUAUAAUAUUGAACAUACGCGAGCAGGAUGCCACCCACCUAAUUGUGAACCUCCUGAGCUUGAGAGCUGGAGAAUGCAGCAUGUCGACCACUGCCUCGAAAUAAUUCGCAACCGUGUCGCAUGUACAGCAGAUUUAGGUAUAGUGCCUUUCAUGUGGUACGGGCCGAACGGCAAGUUGGCAGGUGAUAUGGCACGAAUGCACACAUGCAGCAAUUAUGAUGCCAUCAGGAAGUUUGUGACGGAAAAGGGCGUCCUCCCAGGUGAAACCAAAGGAAUUCUGAAACCUCCAGAGGGGGCAUUUAUCACCGAUCUCAGAAAUUAGGUACGCAAUUAACAUACAACAUUAACCUUAUCCAGAGAAUGAGCGUAAAGUGAGAUGUUAUUUGUGAGAUGCCAUAGCUCACAACAGAAGCAAUGGACUUCUCAUCGCCAUCUAGGUACUGCAUUCCAGAACCAGACUUCAGAAAGCAGAACUACUUGGAAAUCCGAAGCACAAAAAUCUAGGACAUUCAAUGGAAUAAUACCGUGAACAAUAACAACCAAAUCCAAACUCCAAUAUCCAUAUUAUACCUCAAACCCACACUUUCCAGAGACACAGAACAAAAAGGUUG